ACCACGUGUUCGAUUCUUACCCGUGUCAGCUAUAUAGGUACACGGACCUAUAUAUACACAAGCAUAGAUCGUUUAGAACUAAGACUGUACUAUGUUUUGGAGAUAGUUGCUGUUUUCUCUGGAGACAAUAAGAAAAUGUUAAUGGAGGGCAUUAUGUAGUGGUGGAUUCGUGAAAAGUUUUAGGAAACAGGUCAGAGUUAUCUGAGUAAAAAGUAACAUGGGUUGUGGGACCUCCACCCAAACGAAGCCGACCUAUAGUCGCGCUACGCAGGACACGGUCAUCAGUGAUGUGGAAUUAGACGAUAACUACAACGAAUCGUCCACAGGAUUGGAAACAUCUUCCAGGAACACUCCCUCGAACCCCGCCAUCAUUGUUACACCAGCCUCUGCAACCACGCGUCAUACAUCGUCCCAACGUCAGACACCGAAAUCUUCCAAAUCGUCGACUUCAUCGCCCAUAGAUGAAGGCAUUGAAUUAGAGGCUUUAGAUGAGGAAGACUAUCCACCAAAGCCAUGUAAACUGAAGAAAAUUGAGAUCGUGCCAGAUGUUAGCAUGUUUAAAAACAUCGAUGAACAUGUAGCUAAGACUCCUAAAUCUGCUACAGCAUCUAUCCCAGAGCUGGCAAAAUAUCUCUGUCGGCCAGCAAAGAAUCAACUUGAAAAAAUUCGGGCAAUUUACCAAUGGGUGUCGAGAAAUAUAGAGUAUGACGUGGCGGGAUUCCUCAAUCUGAACGGCACACAAAAGAAAUCCAAUGAUCCGGAGUCCGUACUCCGUAACCGCUGCAGUGUGUGUCAGGGCUACGCCGACCUGUUUUUGUCUCUAUGCAGAGAGGCAAGUGUUCCAGCAAAAACGAUUUCUGGAUAUUCGAAGGGAUAUAGCUACAAAGUUGGCGUCGCCAUAACAACCAAAUCGGACACGAACCACGCUUGGAAUGGCGUAUUCGUAAACAAUGAAUGGCGUCUUGUUGAUUGCACGUGGGACGCCGGUCAUGUUGGUGACAAUAAAUUUCAUAGGCAUGAGGGAGAAUUUUACUUCUUGACUGACCCGGAUGUUUUCAUCAACGACCAUUUUCCAUACAUUAAAAAGGACAUGACUUUAAGUCAGAAAUGGCAGUUACUUAACCAACCACGUGACUUAGAGACAUUUAGCAAGUUGGUAAAGGUACCAAAACAGGCUGUUCUGUAUGAUCUAGACUUAGUGUCGCACAAAGAGUCAAUUAUCCCAGUGACAAAGGAAGUAGUUGUCAAGUUUGUUGCUAAAGGGAAGCCUCUCCAUAAAGCUGGUGCAAGGCUCGGUGACGCAGACGGAACAUUGCAUGACCAGUGCGUGUUUGUAGAGAAGGAAGGGGAGACGACCUACUCUGUCACGGUCAGACCUCAAAAACCGGGAAAGUACACUCUCAGUCUGUAUGGAAACCAAGGAGAACAGAACACUUUAAAUAGUCUAGUCAGUUACGUGAUCGACUGUAAAACAGUAGAAAAAAACGCCAAACCAUUUCCGGUACAUUUUGGUUUGUGGGGAGCAGAACCUAACUACGCAGAGUAUGGGUUUGACAGCGGAGUAGCGAAAAGGACAUCUUUUGAAUCGGAUACAGGAGAGCUAGAAAUUCGUCUACCGGUCAUAGAUCCAGUUAAAGCUCUUGGCAAGCUGGCAUUCUCUGAAGACGACGAGGGCGAUGAUGAAUGCAUUAUGCUUGAGCAAGGUCAGAGCGAGGUCCUGGUCCAAUUACGGAUGAACAGAGCGGGCUUUUACAAAUUUCUGAUGUUUGCAAAGAAAGAAAACGGUUCUUCUUAUGAAAAGGUAUUGCAGUAUCUCAUAUAUUGUAAAACCCCAGUAAAACAAUAUCAACCAUUCCCGAAAGUCUUCCAAGAAGCCAUGACAGGACGCAUGGCUUUAAUCGAACCAAAAACAAAGUCACUUCCGGCGGAAACGGAAGUUCAUUUCCGCCUGACUUCUUCGGUCAUAGACAUUGUAAGAAUAGCAAAUAAAAACUAUGAAAGAGGCGACAACAACACGUGGAACAUUGAUGUGAUGACGCCCUCGUCUGGCGAAAAAUUUAACAUUUUCGGACGCAUAAGUGAUUCUGGUGAUACUUCUUAUAAAGCUCUCUACGCAUACGACAUUGAAUGAUUACAUAUGAAAACAAGAUUACGCAAUACAAAAAUUUGAAAGUAGAACUAAAACUCACUGAAGUCACAUGAAAAGCAGUAUAUACCUUGAGACUUCAUAUCCCAUCAACAUUUCCACAUUGCGGUAUUCAUUUUUUGGGAAUAAUUAUAUAUUUAUCCAAUAUUUAUUUAUGAAUAAAAUUACAAUUUGUAUUUGACAAUUACUCGUAACUGCUGGGAACAAGAGCAUACAAUUAUGAACUGCACAUGAGAGUUAUAUUCUGCGUAAGGUAGGACAAUAAAGUCACCAUUUCCCCUCAUACGAAUUCAGUAGCCAUUUUAUUACUGAAUUUAAAAGUUGCUAAUGAUAGUUUCAAAGAAUGAAGUUAUAAACUGACAUUUUAUGAACGACAUUAAUUAUACCUUUCACGAUUGUCCCCUUAAGUAACCGAUCGUCAUCCGAAUUAAAUCAUCGUCAUUUAGAUUUUUAAAACCCUGACAAUUCGUCUGCUGUAUCCGGAUGGUAAAUACUCCGCAUCACAGUGAUAGGUCAUUUGAUGUUUCACAGAGUUCUUCUAUUGAACGUCCACAAAAACACUUAUUUGUUGUGUAACAAGAACUUUUCAGAAACCUUCAUUAUCACUAGAACAUCUGCCAAUUAGUUCUACAGAAGACUCGAUACCAGUAAUGUAAUCGGUUAGAAUGGCAUCAAGAAGACUUGCUCUAUAUUAAAUAAAGCGAGUUGGUUGAUUUAUGACAUUUACUAUAUUUAACAAAUGAAGGAUAUAGAAAAGAAUCAGACUUUGUGGCAUUGUAAAAAAACUAGUUACAUCGUUCACUUUAUCAUAAAGUUUAUCGUAAUAUCAAGAGUAUUGUUUACCGAAGCUCGCAAGUUUUCUCAGAACGGGACAUUUUAAUUUUAAUGUCUAUACGAUGCAUAAUAAAUUAGCAUUGGUGAAGCUAAUGGUACUUCACUCCAUAUCAUUUCAGCACCAGGAUAUUCUAAACAUGUUUAACGAUCUGCCUUUAUACUGCGAUUUAUACUAAGACAACGCCACCAGCGAAAUUCCUAACUAACGGAAAUAGAGAAGAGAAUGAAACGUGUUAUUAAUUAAGUCUGAUAAAGAAACCUACUCUUCAAGAUGUGUUCCCUUACUCAUCUUCUCUAGCCAAGUGUUCGCUUCGUUUGGAGUGUAUACGAAGCGAACACUUGGCUAGCGAAGUUGUGCCUUACUAUAUAUUGUGUAUUCUAAUUGUGUCUAACAUUCUAAUACUAAAAUGAAAAAUAAAAAAAGU